CCAAAAAUAACAUCGAUUUGAGAAACCUUUUGAAAGAGUCGCAAUCAGUUUGAAAAAGAAAUCGUCACAAGUCACAAGAACGAGAAGCAAGAGCCAUAGCAAUAAAGAAAUGAGAAAAGAUGAAGCCGUCCGAGUUAUUAGAUAAAGUAGACAGCGUUGUUUAAUCCGAUGAUAAUUUUUAACCUUUUCUUUUUGUCUCCUUAUUAGCUUAUUUCUUGCUUAACGUGCUUCACCACCCACCACCAUCUCACCUCCAUUAUCCAUUACUUUCCCCCAAAAAACCCUCAUAUCCAAGUACAUACUCUGAGCUUCAGAUUAUUCAAUCAUGGCGGAUUGGGGGCCAGUUGUAGUGGCAGUGGUGCUGUUUGUGGUGCUAUCACCAGGGGUGCUCUUCCAGCUACCAGGAAAGGGGCGAGUGGUGGAGUUUGCUAACAUGCAAACAAGUGGAGCUUCCGUCUUCGUCCAUACCAUCAUCUUCUUUGGCCUCAUCACCAUUUUCCUCAUCGCCAUUGGUAUUCACAUCACCACUGGAUAAUUCUAUCUCUCUAUAUUAAACCCUCAAAUUCUUAUAUUCCUCUACUCCCUCUAGCUGCUUCUGUAUUUUGCUGGUAUUAUCUGAUAAGUUAAUUCUUCCUGCAUAAUAUAUUUCUACUCUUAUAUUUCAUUAGACUGUUAUAUCUAAACGUUUAAAUAUUGAAUAUCGAUUAUGAUGGAAACAUGGAACUCACAUAAUCCAUGGGUGUUAAAUUCUAUAAACCUGUGUUUUAAUUUCUGUA